AUGCACCAGCGGCACAUCGGGGAGGAGCAGCAGCUGGAGCAGCAGCUGCCCAGGCCCCCGGGCAGCUUCGGAAACGUGCCCGGCCAGGUGUUACGGGCCGAUACGCCAGCACGUGCUAAAACAUCUGAUACCUCCAGCGAUGAAACAGAAGCAGAAAGGGGCCACACUGCGUUAGCAUCCCUGACGGAAAACAUCUUUAUCCCUCCCGCCGGCUCCUCGCUCGCCGCCUGCAGCCGGCGCCUUAGUGCGAGCACGGCCCCCUCCGCCGCCGCUAAUGGCAAGAGGAGGAGAGCGGCGGGAGGGCCCUCAGCGCAGCGCUGUUUACUAGGCAGCUCUCGCGAGAGCGCCGCGUGCCGCCAUUGGCUGCCGCCGCCGCCGCCGGGCGGGCGGCCGUUGGGGCGCGAGCUCGGCUGUUCGGGCGCCGCCGCGCGCCGCCGCCGCCGGCAAACGGCGGACCGGACCGGACCGGACCGGACCGCAGGGGCUGCGGCGCCUCCGCCUCCUCCUUCCUGCGAAAUAGCAGUCUUUCCGGAGCGCAGACAGCGAAGAGUCGCCGGUGUGGGCCUGAGCCGCGUCCAGGGCCGGCCAGCCAGGCCGCCAAGGAGCCCUGUGGGUUUGCAGCCUGAAGGGACUGCGUUUCUCUUCGGUUUAAGUAACCAGCGCAAAACUUCGUUUUCGAGUGACUUUGGCGGUAGGCGUUCCCCCGAGCGUUUGCAAACGCGAAGAGAUGGCACAGCUGGGAAGGUGCUACUGAAGUGGCACACACAGAUGCCCAGAUCCCCAAAGAGAAAGCAGAAGAAUCACCUGAAAGAACAGUCCAUCAAAGGGAACUUGGAGGAGGGAAGGUCAGUCGCAGACAUGAAGAAGACCAGCUGUGACAAUGAAAAUUGGAUGAAUAUUCACAAGAUGAUGUUACAGUUCCUGACUUGCUCUUGCUGCUCCUCUUGUGGGUCCUGCUAGGAUAGCAGAUGGCAGACACUGAAAGGUUGCUUUGCCAGUGGAAAAUUACUGAGUUUUAUGUUGGUUUUGUGUAUGAGUGUGUGUGUGUGGGGAGGGGAGUUGGGUGAGUAUUUAUUUAUUUAUAAUAUUCACAAGAGGAAAACAAAUGGUUCAGACGGCUAUAAAAAUUACUGAUGUCUAAAGAACUGGUCAUUCACUUUAGACAAAUGAUACAUGUUUGUUUACAUUAUAAAAUUCUGAGUUUUCCUGAAUGGUAGUUUUGACAAAAAAAAAAGAAAAAAAAGGUAUCAAUACAGGUCUAUGUUACUUAAGAGAUUGAUGGAAAAACUAAGUAUUUCAUGUUUCUAUUUUUACCUAGCUAUAAAAGUAUUAAUGUAUAUAAAAGCAUUAGUGGAUUUUUCGUGACAAAACAGAAAUAGUUUAAUUUCUUAAUUUUACAUUUGCAUAGCUAUACAUAUAGGAGGUCAUCUUACUUGAUCUUGCAAUGAAAUCACUUCUGUUGCAAUUGAAGGCAGUGGGCUACCUAGCAUGAAUAAAGUUAAACAAAUCCACA